UCUGUCAUCCUGUGUUGUGGCCGCUGCUGUGUGGUGGCGGGAGAUUCCAGCAUGGCUGUUCAACCCAAAGAAAGGCUGUCUAUAGACAGCGGGGCGGAGAGCGGCUUCCUGAGCUUCUAUUUCUCCAUGCCGGACAAGCCGGAGACCACCGUGCGGGUGUUUGACAGGAGCGAUUACUACACGGUGCACGGCAGCGAUGCCAUCUUUGCCGCCAAGGAGGUCUUCAAGACCAAUGGGGUCAUCAAGUACCUGGGAUCAGGGGCCAGGAAGCUAGAGAGCGUGGUGCUCAGUAAAAUGAACUUUGAGUCUGUCGUGAGGGAUCUACUUCUUGUUCGUCAGUAUCGGGUGGAAGUUUACAAAAAUAAGUCCUCAAGCAAAUCCUCCAAUGACUGGCACUUGGCAUUUAAGGCCUCUCCAGGGAACCUGACUCAGUUUGAGGAGAUCCUGUUUGGCAAUAAUGACAUGUCCUCUGCGGUUGGCGUUGUUGGUGUCCGUUUGGUCAGCUCUGAAGGUCAGAGAGUGGUCGGUGUGGGUUAUGUGGAUUCCACUCUGAGGCGGCUGGGAGUAUGUGAAUUCCCAGACAAUGACCAGUUCUCGAAUCUCGAAGCCUUGCUGGUUCAGAUCGGACCUAAAGAAUGUGUGAUGCCUGGAGGAGAUAGUGCUGGAGAUAUGGCUAAAUUGAGACAGAUUGUCCUGCGAGGUGGGAUUCUGAUCACUGACAGGAAGAAGGCAGAGUUCAAUACAAAGGACAGCAUUCAGGAUCUUAACCGUUUGCUGAAAGCCAAGAAAGGAGAACAGGUCAAUAGUGCCGCAUUACCAGAGAUGGAGAAGCAGGUUGCAAUGUCUUCUCUCUCAGCUGUUUUAAAGUAUCUGGAGCUGUUAUCAGAUGAGUCCAACUUUGGCCAGUUUGUGAUGACCAGCUUUGACCUGAGUCAGUACAUGAAGCUGGAUAACGCAGCAGUUGGUGCUUUAAAUCUUUUCCCGGGGGCUGCUGAAGACACAAGUGGCACUCAAUCUCUAGCUGGUCUUUUAAACAAAUGCAAAACUCCCCAAGGCCAAAGAUUGGUCAAUCAGUGGAUCAAGCAGCCUCUUAUGGACAAGAACCGAAUUGAAGAGAGGCUGAACUUGGUGGAGGCGUUUGUGACCGAUGUUGAGCUCAGGCAGAGUCUCCAGGAAGAUCUUCUGCGACGUUUUCCAGAUCUUAACCGGCUGGCGAAGAAAUUCCAGAGACAGAAUGCAAACCUGCAAGACUGCUACAGACUGUACCAGGCGGUGAACCAGCUGCCCAAUGUCGUACAAGCCCUGGAAAAAUACGAAGGGUCUCACCAGAUGCUCCUGCUGGCCGUGUUUGUUACUCCGCUCACUGACCUUUCUAGUGACUUCUCCAAAUUUCAGGAAAUGAUUGAAACAACUAUGGACAUGGACCAGGUGGAAAACCAUGAAUUUUUGGUAAAGCCGUCUUUUGAUCCAAACUUGACCGAACUCAGAGAGAAGAUGGAUGAACUGGAGAAGAGCAUGCAAGCUGCGCUUAGCAGUGCGGCCAGGGAGUUGGGAUUGGAUGCCGGUAAAAGUAUGAAACUGGAAUCCAAUGCUCAGCUUGGUCACUAUUUCCGAGUGACCUGCAAGGAAGAAAAGUCUCUGAGGAACAAUAAGAAGUUCUCCACCAUUGACAUUCAAAAGAAUGGAGUGAGAUUCACCAACAGUAAGCUGAGCUCAUAUAAUGACGAGUAUAUGAGAUACAGAGAGGAGUAUGAAGAAGCACAGAACGCCAUUGUGAAAGAAAUCAUCAACAUCUCUGCUGGAUACGUGGAUCCAAUUCAGACUCUGAGCGAUGUAAUAGCUCAAUUGGAUGCCAUUGUCAGCUUUGCUUUAGUUUCAAAUGGAGCACCAGUACCAUAUGUUCGUCCCAUCAUCCUGGAGAAGGGACAGGGACGCAUCGUGCUAAAAUCUGCCAGACACCCAUGUAUUGAAGUGCAGGAUGAUGUGGCGUUCAUUCCCAAUGACAUAACGUUCGAGAAGGAGAAACAGAUGUUCCAUAUUAUCACUGGUCCUAAUAUGGGUGGAAAAUCCACCUAUAUUCGCCAGACUGGAGUAAUAGUCCUCAUGGCCCAGAUUGGCUCCUUUGUACCAUGCGACUUUGCGGAGGUGAGCAUAGUGGAUUGCAUUCUUGCUCGAGUUGGAGCUGGGGACAGUCAGCUCAAAGGAGUGUCGACCUUCAUGGCUGAGAUGUUGGAGACUGCUUCAAUCCUCAGGUCAGCAACCGAGAACUCUCUGAUCAUCAUUGACGAGCUGGGCAGAGGCACCUCCACCUAUGACGGUUUUGGCCUGGCCUGGGCAAUCUCAGAGUACAUCUCUACUAAAAUCCGAGCAUUUUGUUUAUUUGCUACUCACUUCCAUGAACUAACCGCUCUGGCCGAUCAGGUGCCAACUGUGAACAAUCUACACGUCACGGCGCUUACAACAGAUGACACGCUGACCAUGCUUUACAGAGUCAAGAAAGGCGUCUGUGAUCAGAGCUUUGGCAUACACGUAGCUGAGCUGGCUAACUUUCCGAAGCAUGUGAUUGAAAAUGCCAAAGCAAAAGCAUUAGAGUUGGAGGAAUUCCAGUUUGUUGGGGCUUCGGCAGAAUCUGAGGAUGAACCUGCCUGCAAGAGACGCUGCAAAGAAAAAGAGGAAGGGGAGAAGAUAAUUCAGGAUUUUCUCACCAAAGUGAAAGCUCUUCCACUUACUGAAAUGUCUGAGCAGGAAAUAAAAAGCAGACUGAAUCAGCUGAAGGCUGAUGUUCUAGCCAGGAAUAAUGGCUUCGUCAAUGAAGUUAUCUCCCGCACAAAAGCCGAAUGCUGAGCCUCAGUGUGUGUCUGGGGAGGUGAUCUCUGUGUCUGGCUGUGUUCUUACAGCUCUCUGCAAUACUGUAGAAAAUACACAACGUGCAGCUAUACUGAAGAAAUCCAA